ACGACGAUGCCUCGAGCUUCCUGCUCCUAUGGCCGUAGAGGCGGAACCAUGGAGAGUUAACGGGACCUGGGCUCGGCUCUCGCCCCGCACCCAGUGGAAUACGCCCAAUGAAAUGUAUAGGAGCCUUUCUAGGGGCGGGUCAUUUUAGCUAUUUAAUUAUUACGGAGACACUUCCGAGCCAAUGAACCACACGGAAGGCAUAAUAUAUGAAUAACUGACAAAUUUAAUAUAUUGCUGUGCGAGGAAAAAAAGGGGCGAGGAAGACUGAGGCUCUCGUGUUGUGAAAAAGCUAUGAUGGUCACCAUCACGCAUGGGCAAGCGCAGCUAAACAGUCAGAACUUGGGAACACAACUGGGAAAUGUGCAACGCUGAACACGAAUCGUAAGGAAUUAAAAGAGGCUGUGUUGUAUAGGCUGUAUAACGAAAUCGAGCUUUGCCAAAGCCGGAGGCAAAAAGGGAUUCUCCAUGUAUUGUGGAUUCUCCUCGCCGAUGACGACGGAACGCAGCCAGAAAAAGGAGCGCCUGGAAGCCAGCCUGGCGUGGUUAUGCGAACUUGAGCUUCUCAAACAACGGCAAGAAAGCCUGGUCUUGAACGCCCUGUCCCUCGGAGACAUAGUUCCUGGACAACCAGCAUGGGGAGACCUACAGCCUGCUUGUUCCACCCAAUCGGCUAUCCUUCGGGAGCAAGAGGACUUGACUUUGAGACGACAACUGAACAGCCUCCAGGGCGCCCCCUGGGGAUUAAUGCUGGCACUGGAGCAGCAGCUGAGGGAGCUGAGUUUGGAGCAAUCGGCGCCGUUGCCACCGCCACCCCUGCCCCCUACCAUCUGUGACGAGACGUCUGAGGAUGAGGAGGAGGACAGUCGACCCAGCUCAGGCUUCUAUGAGCAGAGUGAUAGUCUCUCCCCUCCUGGCGGCCCCUGCCCCUCAGCCCCCUGGACCACCAGCCACCACCGGCCCAAAUCAGUGGACUGUACUUUGCUGAAUGGUGAGGAGGCGAGGGAGCUCAGUCCUCGUGCCAUGCUGCCCCGCUCCCACUCUGCCCCCUUCUCCCCCCUGGAGGACAUCGCAGAGGGUACGGGCGAGGAAGAGGAAGUGGAGGAGGAGGAGGAAGAGCCAUGGCCGGAGGCCCCAGAGCCUGAGACCACGGAGGAGGACAUCCAGCAGGCGCUGCGCGUGGAGGCCUACAUCCUCUCCCUGCUGCAGCGCCGGACCCUGCGCCCCCGACAGACCCACUACCCGUCGGGGCGCGGCCUGGCCCAGUUCCCUGUCCGUCCACCACAUCCGGCCACUGUUCCCGCUCACGCCGAAGUGGCUGCGGACCCCUCUGAGACCCAGGCGUGGGUGGGGAAUGUGGGCAAUGAGGAAAGCCAGUCUGAUGGUGAGCUUGCCCAGGCUCUGGAGCAGUACUACCUGUCCCUGCUCUACCCCUCUUCCAGACCCUCAUCUCUGGCUGCAGUGGCUCCAGUGGUGCCUCCUCCACAGCAGUACGGGGCGGCCAUGGAGCCCGGCGGCUACAGCAACACCGACCCAGAGUCCCUUCAGAGCAACCCGGACUACGGGGAGCCCUAUCCUCUGGUGUCGGAGCAGCAGCUUCUGACUGUCAACUACGUCCCUGUCGGCCACCCUCACCCUCACCCCCACCCCCACCGCUGUUCCCCCUUUCACGGCAAGCACAAGCAGAGCCGGGCGUCGUUCUCCGGGGGACAGCCACCAGCACGGGCCUCCCCCUGCAGGGGCACAGGAGCAGCGGAGGCGCGGAGCUCUCCCAGGGGGGCGGGGCAGAAGACGGCGACGACCAGCCGCUCGCAGUCUGAGAACAGCCUGCAGGGAGGGGGGUGGGGGCGCUACUACACGGUCCAAAGGGACAUGGCGAGGGCCAGGCGGCAGGUGCAGGGCGAGACCCCCCAGCAGCGCCGCUGGUGCUCCACUGCCGACCUCAGCCAGGAGGAGGAGGCUGGAGGGGGGUACGGAGGAUGCCCCCAGCCCCAUCUUCACUCAUACCCCCACCCUCACCCCCACCCCAGACAGGCCUGGCCCCCUCCCCCUCCCCCUCCCCCGUACACAUGCGCUCAGUACGGGGGCCAGGAGCAGGGGGAUGGUGCAGUGGCAGCGGCGGUGGCUGCAGCUGCUGCUGCUGUCCCCACGGCAACGGGAGGCUCUGACUCCAGCCUGAGUGAGGCCUACUCGCCGGGGUCCAGCUCAUUCACCAGCGACUCAGACGAGAGCGGCGGGGGGCUGGUGUGGCCUCAGGAGGUGCCCCCGCGGCUGGCCUCCUCCCCUCCCCCGGCCCUGUCCUCCGUCGUCAAGAUCAAGGCGUCACACGCGCUCAAGAAGAAGAUCAUGCGAUUCCGCUCCGGCUCGCUGAAGGUUAUGACCACCGUCUGAAACUCUCCCCUAUCCCCACCCCAGCCACUUUCCAUCGGACCAUCCCCAUCCCCAAGGCUUCAGGUCCAGGGCCAGGGUUCAGAGUCCCUCAUGAGACAUUGUUUUGUAUAAAUCUCUUUACUUAAUUAUUUUAUGCUGUAGAACCAUUUUGUAAACAUUAAAUUAUCCAUUUGUAAAGAGGAAAGUGGUGUCAAUGCAAGACGGACUCCAUUUGUCGCAUUGAGCCCAUUGCCUGACAAUGCCUGUUUUUUGUAAAUAUAUAUGAACUUUUGCUAAUGUAAUCUUUUCUCUUUAAAAACAAAACAAGCCCACUGUAGCAUGACAGUGUUGCAAAGUGAAGACACAAGAGAGAGUGCCCACCAGUGCCAUGCAGAGACAAACACACUGCCACCCCUUUAGACAUACUCCACCUACCUCUCACUCAGUGCCACCCCCCAGAAUUAAUGACUUGUGCCUACACCUUUUGCCCCCCUACUGCCACAACCCCGACCCCCAUCCCCAUCUCUGCCCCUGAAACUGUGCCCUCAUGUGCCAAUAGGAGGAAAAUCCUGCCCGCCCUCCUGCUUUCUGCUGUAUUUAUGGUACUUUUGUAUCUAUGGUACUCUGUAUUUAUGGUACUCUGUAUCUAUGGUACUCUGUAGAUAUUCUGCUCAAGAGACAGUAGCACAUUAGUAGUCUGCUUUAGGACCAUAGCCAUAAAGGUUUUCAUGAAUGUAGACUAGUGUGGGAAGAACUGCCCCUUCUCUGCUCCUCCGUUGUGUACUUAAACCAACAUUCGCACUAAAUAAACAUCCUUUUUUGUAGCUCUGA